AUGCUGAGGAUUACGCUCCUAGUAGUUGGUAGGGCGCCACCAGUUAUUGGAUGCACGCGCAAGGCCCGUUACGCUGGUAUUGACGACAACCCCACAAUUACCUACAAGCCGUGGGACACGACGGAGCCCCUCAUGGCGGAUUACGGCUGGACAAGAGGGAAGUUGCCAAAGUUUCGCGCCCGCAGCCCUUUCCACCGGCAACAAAUCGCCCGUCGCAUGGUCACAGAAAUGAUUCGAAAGGAUUACUGCAUUGUUGGAGGCGCACGUGCCCCAGCGCUGCGAAUUUUAGCAGACCACGUGGUGGAACUCGCGAAGGCGGGCGACACGGACUCGCGGCAGCAGCUUGCAUAUUUUCUGCAUGACCCCCUGAUGGUGGAUAAGGCCUUUGAUGAAUACCCGCGUCGGUUCAAGGAUAUGAACGCGAAAUAUGCCAUGAUGACGCGCCUCAAGAGUCGCCGCCGUACCGACGCAGUGGCCAUGUAUUUCGUCGAGUACAAGAACCGGGAUAUGAGUGACAAUCACAAGGGCGAAGACUACAGCGCAGGACCGGAGCGUUUUUUCCUCCCACCACGUAUUGUGGAAACGGAAAAGGGCAUUCAGCGUCCACCGCACAUGCAAAUGGCAUUUGAUCGUUGGGCAAGCAAAUUCAAAACAGAAGAGUUUCACCAUUGGUGGCGUCUCCGCCACGCGAAGCUGCGGUACUGGGGUGUGCGGAAUGUGCCGCAUCCAAGCGAUGUUGAUCCUCUAUGGACAGAGAAGGAGGAAGAGGAAUGGCAUAACGAAAUGCUUGCAAACACGGGGGAAUAUGAAGACUUGGAUCUUGACGAUGAAAGCUACACAGCGGCGGGUGAGGGUGGGGAGCCGUCCCCCGCCGGUGAUGGUCCGCAGCCACAGCGAGUCGGAUGA